AGGUCGCGAGCUCUUGCACCGGGCUAUAUUUUGUGGAGACCAGCCAUUCGGGUUGCUGUCGAGCCUUCGCUUCGCAGGCUUCACGACCAGAGCCAUAGCUGCGCAGAAUUGUUGCUGUCGGUGCGUUACAAGCAUCGCCAUCUCUAACUUAACCACAACAAGCAUUGAACAACUUUUUCAGCCACCGGGUUCAGAAAGAGCCAAGGACAGCGGCGUUUUGUUUGAUAGGGAAAGGGUUGUCGAAUUUCUCGAGGGGGUUCUAGGUUAGGGUGGUGGUGUCGAGAAGGUACAGGAGGUUUGGAUUUGGGCGAGAGGAGGUUGAGCAAGAUGUAUGGCGGUGACGAGGAAUACGAUGAUGAAGAGGAGGAGAUAACGCAGGAGGAUGCGUGGGCGGUCAUCAGUGCGUACUUUGAAGAGAAGGGUUUGGUGCGGCAGCAGCUGGACUCGUUCGAUGAGUUCAUUCAGAAUACAAUGCAGGAAAUCGUGGACGAGUCUUCGGAUAUCGAGAUUCGUCCCGAGUCACAGCACAACCCCGGUCGUCAGGCUGAGAUUGGCGAUGUUACAUACAAGAUCAAUUUUGGUCAAAUCUAUCUCAGUAAGCCUAUGAUGACUGAAGCCGAUGGAGAAACGGCCACACUUUGGCCGAAGGCUGCUAGGCUUCGAAACUUGACGUAUUCAGCUCCACUCUACGUGGAUGUCACCAAGUUUGUCACGAGGAAGACUGAAGAUGGGGAGGAGGAGACGGAGCAAGAAGAUCUAUCUAAAGUUUAUAUUGGCAAGGUGCCCAUCAUGCUUCGUUCACGCUAUUGCACACUAUUCGAAAACUCCGACAAGGACCUUACUGAGCUCGGAGAGUGUCCCUAUGAUCAAGGAGGCUAUUUCAUCAUUAACGGCAGUGAAAAGGUGCUCAUCGCACAGGAAAAAAUGAGCACGAACCAUGUGUAUGUCUUCAAAAAGAGGCAACCGAAUAAAUAUUGUUACGUGGCUGAAGUGCGCUCUAUGGCUGAGAACCAGAACAGACCCCCCAGUGGUAUGUUUGUUCGAAUGCUCUCCCGAGCUGGUGCUAAGGGAGGUUCUUCGGGACAAUAUAUUCGCGCGACGCUACCCUACAUCCGCACGGAAAUUCCAAUCAUCGUGGUUUUUAGGGCUCUAGGUUUCGUGGCUGAUAAAGAUAUCUUGGAGCAUAUUUGUUACGACUUCAGUGAUACUGCCAUGAUGGAGUUGCUGAGGCCUUCUCUGGAGGAAGCUUUCGUGAUUCAGAAUCAACAAGUGGCUCUUGAUUACAUUGGAAAGCGUGGUUCUACUGUUGGAGUUACUAGGGAAAAACGUAUUAAGUAUGCAAAGGAGAUUCUGCAGAAGGAAAUGCUUCCCCACGUGGGAGUAGGAGAGUUUUGUGAAACAAAGAAGGCUUACUUUUUUGGUUAUAUUAUCCACCGGCUGUUGCUCUGUGCAAUAGGUGGAGCAGAAGAUGAUCGUGAUCAUUAUGGCAACAAGCGGUUGGAUCUUGCAGGGCCCCUUCUUGGUGGGCUCUUUCGGAUGCUUUUUCGAAAGCUUACAAAGGAUGUCCGAGGAUACUUGCAAAAGUGCGUGGAUAAUGGGAAAGAAAUCAACCUUGCCUAUGCAGUCAAGGCUAAGACCAUUACAAGUGGUUUGAAGUACUCGCUGGCUACAGGAAACUGGGGGCAGGCAAACACAGCUGGUGUGAGAGCAGGAGUAUCGCAGGUGCUGAAUCGCUUGACCUACGCUUCGACUCUCUCGCAUUUACGUAGACUCAACUCCCCCAUCGGUCGUGAAGGCAAGCUUGCGAAGCCCAGGCAGCUUCACAAUUCCCACUGGGGUAUGAUGUGCCCAGCUGAGACCCCCGAGGGUCAGGCAUGUGGACUUGUCAAGAAUUUGGCGCUGAUGGCAUAUAUUACUGUCGGCUCAGCUGCCAAUCCAAUUCUGGAGUUUUUGGAGGAGUGGAGUACUGAGAACUUCGAAGAAAUUUCUCCUGCUGUGAUCCCCAACUCCACAAAGAUUUUCGUGAAUGGUCUGUGGGUGGGAAUUCAUCGCAAUCCUGAGUUGCUUGUACGAACACUGCGUCAACUUCGGCGACAGGUCGAUGUUAACACUGAAGUGGGGGUUGUGAGAGAUAUCCGGUUAAAAGAGCUACGACUGUACACGGAUUACGGACGUUGUAGUCGUCCUCUUUUCAUUGUUGAGAAGCAACGUUUGCUUAUUAAGAAGCAAGACGUUCGAGCGUUACAAAUGAAGGAAUCCUCCGAGAACAGUUGGUACGAUCUUGUUUCUAAGGGGUUCAUUGAGUACGUGGAUACUGAAGAGGAGGAGACGACUAUGAUCUCCAUGACCAUUGCUGAUCUUGUCAAUGCCAGGAACAAUCCAGAGGAGGCCUAUUCUGACACAUACACGCAUUGUGAGAUUCAUCCCUCCAUGAUUCUGGGGGUCUGUGGCUCUAUUAUCCCCUUCCCUGAUCACAACCAGUCGCCACGUAAUACCUAUCAGUCUGCUAUGGGCAAGCAAGCUAUGGGAAUUUAUGUCACAAACUAUCAGCUUCGAAUGGACACGCUAGCUUACGUCUUAUACUAUCCCCAAAAGCCGUUGGUGACCACGAGAGCCAUGGAGCACUUACAUUUCCGACAACUUCCUGCUGGAAUCAAUGCAAUUGUAGCUAUUGCUUGCUACUCAGGUUAUAACCAGGAGGAUUCUGUCAUCAUGAACCAAUCUUCUAUUGAUCGAGGGUUUUUCCGCUCUAUCUUUUACAGAUCCUACAGGGAUGAGGAGAAGAAACAAGGCACUCUGAUUAAGGAAGAAUUUGAGAGACCCAAUAGAGAAAAUACCACUGGUAUGCGGCAUGGUUCGUAUGACAAGCUUGAUGACGAUGGACUUGCCCCACCUGGUACUCGAGUAUCAGGCGAGGAUGUUAUCAUUGGCAAGACUACACCGUUGCCACAAGAUGACAACGCUAGCCAAGCCCAGCGAUACACAAAGCGGGAUCAGAGCACUUGCUUGCGGCAUAGUGAAAGUGGUAUGAUCGAUCAAGUUUUACUGACAACCAACGCCGAUGGUCUGCGUUUUGUAAAGAUCAGGGUUCGGUCUAUCCGGAUUCCUCAAAUUGGAGACAAGUUUAGUAGUAGACAUGGACAGAAGGGAACAGUUGGAAUGACUUACACCCAGGAAGAUAUGCCUUGGACUCAAGAGGGAAUUACACCAGAUAUCAUUGUCAACCCCCAUGCUAUUCCGUCUCGAAUGACUAUUGGUCAGCUCAUUGAAUGUAUUAUGGGCAAAGUGGCUGCUCACAUGGGAAAGGAAGGAGAUGCCACACCAUUCACUGAUGUCACUGUGGAUAACAUUAGUAAAGCCCUGCACAAGUGUGGUUACCAAAUGAGGGGUUUUGAAGUGAUGUACAAUGGGCACACAGGCCGAAGGCUUACUGCACACAUCUUUUUGGGUCCUACUUAUUACCAGCGACUCAAGCAUAUGGUUGAUGAUAAGAUUCAUUCAAGGGGACGAGGUCCUGUGCAAAUCUUGACACGACAGCCUGCAGAAGGUCGAUCCAGGGAUGGAGGUUUGCGGUUUGGAGAGAUGGAAAGAGAUUGUAUGAUCGCUCACGGUGCAGCUCAUUUCCUGAAGGAGCGCUUAUUUGAUCAAAGUGAUGCUUACCGAGUUCACGUUUGUGAGCAUUGUGGUAUCAUUGCCAUCGCCAACUUAAAGAAGAAUACUUACGAAUGCCGAGGCUGCAAAAACAACACUGAUAUUGUACAGGUGCAUAUUCCGUAUGCUUGUAAGCUUCUCUUUCAGGAAUUGAUGUCAAUGGCAAUUGCUCCUCGAAUGUUUACCAAGGAGUUGAAGAUGAGAAGCGAACAUGCGAAGAAAGCUGCUGCCUAAUUAUUCUGGGCCUGAUGUAUAGUAGAAGAUUUUAGAUUGAUAUUUAGAGUUCCAGCAUUGAAGGAAUAGAAAGUUGUUCUAGACAAGCUAUGCCCAUCUUUGAGAGGUACACCUUCUGCAGGCUUAUAGUUUACGGUGUAAAGUUGAGGGUCCAUUUUUUGGUAUUGGUUAGAGCAUCACAGAUCGGGGAGUGUCGGCUGUCAUGAUGAAAGCAGAAGUUGACGUUCGUUUUUCUUAUAGUUUUUAAAAUUAUCUGAUGAAAACAAAACAAAACAAAAUAUAACUUUCAGUUCAGUAUCA